AUGCCAACAUUGUGGGAUACAUCCGUCGUAUUGGUACCCUAUAAUGGCAGUAUUCCCUACACUGACCGCGUCGACAAGGUAAUUGAAUGGCUAACGAUACCUGACCCAACAAAACGUCCUGACCUCAUCACACUGUAUUUCGACGAGCCUGACCACACAGGACACGGGUUUGGUCCUGAUAGUAAAGAGGUUAACGAGACGGUGAAGAUAGUGGACAACAUGAUAAAGAGGUUAAUGAAAGGUCUGGAUGAUAAUUAUUUAACCCAAGAUGUUAAUAUUAUUAUCCUGGCUGACCACGGAAUGGCGCCCGCGGGUCAAACACGCCUUAUUGAGUUGAACGAGUUGGUUCCUAAUAUACACAACAGAUCUUUCACCUAUACCGGGGCGUUCAGCAGAAUAGAACCCACAAUUAAAACGAAAGACGAAAAGAUGGACAUUUUGGGCAGCUUAGCAUGUAAACGGCCACAGCUUCGGGCGUAUGGCUUAGCAUGUAAACGGCCACAGCUUCGGGCGUAUGGCAAGACGGAGCUGCCAGUAAGAUUCCAUUUUGGCGACAACAGACGAAUUGAAACUAUUGUCUUGGAUCUUGAUGAUGGAUGGACGACCGCAAUUAAAAGCAAUUGGUCUUUAAAAGGUCAACAUGGUUACGAUAACUACUACAAAAAGAUGAACGCAUUAUUCUUAGCCACUGGACCAGACUUUAAGGAGAAAACAGAAAUAACAUCUUUCCAGAAUAUUGAACUGUAUAACUUAAUGUGUCACCUGGUCGGAGUCACACCUGCCCCAAACAACGGCACCUUGGGAUCACUGUACCAUAUUUUGGCUAAACCUCCGCCGUAUCCAUUUGUACCACCGAGUGAGGAACUAGGGUCUCUAAUCUUCAGGAGAAUUGAGAACUAG